ACGUGUCGGCGAUUUUUUUUUUAUCAGAUUGUCUUCUGCUGCUUCACGGAACUUUAGUUAUUGGUGUUAAUCCCUCCGAUUGCACGGGUUUUGCUCGCCGGGAUGAUUCUUUCAUCGCCGCAGAAAAUCUCUGAGCAACUUUAAUUACUGCUGAGUGCGCUUUAUUGCUCCAAACAGGCUGCAGGUUUAAGGCGACCUCAACGUGAAGCAUUUACGGGCGCAGCGGUCAUCGUGGGCUGGAGUGUGGAUUUUUAAUGCCCUGUUUAUUUUCUUUAUUGUGUUCAGGCGUCUUCCUCUGGCAGCGUUGAGACGUAUUCCGUGUCUUUUUUUGUCUUUAUUGCACGCUAUUUGCAUCGCGUAAUGACGCGCUUUUGAAUUUGGCACAAGAUCCUCGGUGACUCGGUUUAUUGAUGAUCGAUUUUCUCGUAGAUAGAGUGCAAUGUGCUGUAUCUCCUGUAGCCACACCCUCUCACUGCUGCUGUGCGUCCUCACCCUGACUCCGACAGCAACAGGGGCCGGACCAGAGACCCUGUGCGGGGCGGAGCUGGUCGACACGCUGCAGUUUGUCUGUGGAGAGAGAGGCUUUUAUUUCAGUAAACCAACGGGCUAUGGCCCUAAUGCCAGACGGUCACGCGGCAUUGUGGACGAGUGUUGCUUCCAAAGCUGUGAGCUGCGGCGCCUGGAGAUGUACUGCGCACCUGCCAAGACUGGCAAGGCCACCCGCUCUGUGCGCGCACAGCGGCACACCGAUUUGCCCAGAGCGCCUAAGGUUAGUACCGCAGGCCACAAAGCGGACAAAGGCACAGAGCGUAGGACAGCACAGCAACCAGACAAGACAAAAAACAAAAAGAGACCUUCAAAUGGACAUAGCCAUUCAGCUUUCAAGGAGGUGCACCAAAAGAAUUCCAGCCGUGGCAGUGCGGGGGGCAGAACUUACAGAAUGUAGGGAAGAAGCAAAUGGACAAAUACCCACCUGGAAGAGCGAAGGGAGUGGCCUUACCUGGUAUACCCCUGUGGAAUGGUUCAAUGUAAAUCUAAGAGGAUGCAAACCAUGGUCUAGAGAGAGAGAGUGAAGUCGCGUUCGUGAGGGUAUCAAUAGGUCUUGUGAUUAUUUAUACACUGCACCAUUCCAUAUUUGGGAGGAAUACUUUGUUAUGCAUCAGACUAGAUUAGCUGCUAAGACACGAGCAAGAGCAUACUAUACCUCCAUGUGUGAGCUGCAGCUUCCCCAGCCUCCAGGAAAAGGUGGAACGACAUCUGGGCUGAACUUACAUCGAUCGCUGCUGGCUUAUUGUAAGAACCGGCGGUCCGUAUCCCAAAAUGUUGUGGAUGUAAAAUGUUUUUACACCCGUUGAGUGGGUUUAUUUAGGCAUUUGGUAAAACAGGAUACUUCGCAUCUUUGACCUGUGCUAAGAACAGACUAUUUUGCUUCUCAUCAGCUCUAUCUGCAAAUGUGAUGGUCAGAAGACAUUAAAGUAAAGCAAGAAAAGGUCAUGGGUGUUUCAAAUCCCCUGCUUUUGAAGUCGCUGGAAACUUCCAAACCCUGUCUACAAUGAAAAGAAGCCUUCCACAACAGUUGAGGAGAUUUGAAGGGUGGCGGGAUUUAACAAUCCACAGUAAUUAGUCCAAAGCCCAAACAAGCAUUCUGUUAGUUUAUGGUGCUUUUCUAGUUGUCAGAUCUAGGUCACAGUUUGACUCAAAGUACACUUGGCGAAAGUGAGUGGAAUAAGACAAAUACCAACAAUCAGGCAAAGGUUGUCUACAUCCAGAUCACAUGACACUGCUUUGGCCAAGUUCUGUAAAUAAUCAAGUCCAAAGGGAUCAGUUUAGAAAAGCACUUAAAUAAUAGCCUGUUUAGUUCAUGAUUUUUUUUUGUUGUUGUUGUUAUUGUUCAUUCUUCACAAAAGGUUACUUUGAUUUAAUCCGAGAUAAAUUCACUGACUACCGAAAAAUAUAUUUUGCUGAUGAAUUGAUAUACGGUAUGAUGAUACGAAUCAGAUAUAGUUUUACGGCAACUGGAGUGUGUGUGUCCAGGAUACUCAUAAAAAGCACACAGUAUGAAUCAAAGUUGUGCAAUAGCGUUAGGGUCAGACACACACAACCACGUCAUGAAAAUCCACUUCCACCAAGUCCCCAAAUACCGGUUUAUUGAAGCCUCUGUGCAAAUUUACUGUCAUUGUACUGCACAAACUACAAUUGGCUACUUUUGCCUCCUCUGCCUGUGUAUAACCGAUCAAUAUUCCCAUUUAUGUUAUCUAUGCAUUACAAUCAUUCAAUGUACAUGAUGGUUUCAUAUUACAGAAUUGUAUUAAGAAUCAUAUCCACUGUAUAAUGGUGCUAUUUGUUUGUUAUUUGCAAGAGAUGGCCAAGACAGACAGAUGGCAUGGAUUACAUUGGAGAUCUUCCCUUUUGCACAGCCAUGUGGCCACCAUUUUAAUAGUGUUUUAUUUGUAAGCUGUUUCAAUAAGGUAGAAGUAUAAACGAGUAAAUGUAACUGUGUGAAAUCUGUGGAUGCAUGGAGAGCAAAAAAAAAACAAAAAAAAAACAAGAAGCAGAAGAAGAAAUAACCAUUUUGUGGUCCCAAGAAGGCUAUUUUUUUGUACUGUUUUUAAAUUAUUUUCUCAAUGGAAACCCCUUAUGCCAAAUAACUUGACAAAGGUACUGUGAACUGUUGUGUUGUUAAUAGUCAUGGAGUGCUUUUGUAGCGUAAAGACAUUUCACUGAAAGCGAUUAAGAAAGUGAUCAAAUAAUAAAAACACAGUUGCCAAUAACCCAGUACUUUGGUAAAUAAUUGAGUUUUUAAAUAACAUAUCUGAUGACAAAACUUUUUUUCCCCAUUUUAAUGACAACUAGACACCAGGGUAUCACUUAUAUUGUUGAUAUGGAAACUUUCUGGCAUACCAUAAUCUUCCCAGGAUAAUGUGGAGAUGCUUCCUCCCAGCUGGUUUUGCAUUGGAAACAUCUUUACUUCUAGUGAGGAUAUUUUUUGGUAUUCUUAAUUUCAAUUUAAAAAAUUCUAUCUAAAACACUAAAACAACCUUCCAAACUUGCAUCAGCAUACAAAUAAAAAAAAGAGAAAAUUGAGUUUGAGUGGGAAAAAUUUUGGUCCAAUUCCUUGUGAUUUGAAGUACAUGCAGCUCUAGUUCAUUGUACAUAAAGCAAGUCAUUUACCUAGACUUUUAUACUGUCUACCAGAAAUUGCAAGGACCUCCUCUCUCAUUUUCAGUUUGUGAGUACAAAUUUUAGCUCAAUUGACCUGUUGUGUGAUUUCAGCUCUUCACAUAUAGUGAACAAACCAAAGAGUUUUAAGAAGAUUGUCAGGAGAAACAAACACUAUGUUCAACAGAGUCACAUCCAUUGCAGAUUAUACCAACUGAUGUUGUCCACGUCUUUCACAUGGUGUCUGUUACAACUUGUCUAAUGUUGAAAACUAAAGCAAGACACACGAGGAGUCUCACAUUCAGCUGCAACCUUAAAUCAUCUGUGGCUUUAUUACCAUUUCUCUGUGUCACUUGAGUGUGGAGUUGAACAUAAAAAAACAAGAGUUACUGGGCCGUUCAUGACUCAUUGAGAAGUUCAGUGUAAAAAUGUCACUGUCCAACAAACUGUUUAAUCACAGCACUGUUAUUUAUGGUGCUCCUUUUGCCUUCUGUAGGAAAAUACUGACAAACUGUUCACCAUUCCUGCUGAAUAAACCAC